GCAGAAUUCACGGCAUAACAGCGAAAAUACAGGUCAAGCAACAGCUACUGGACAGCAGACUCCUCCCAGCUGUCGAAGAGGUCCACAUCGUGUCUUCUUUUUUUCUUUCUGUCUCUGCUUUCAUUGUUGGGCACUUGGAUGCCUCAAAAGCACACACUGGCAGAGAUUUGGCUUUUGGCUGGAGAAAAUGGAACAAUAAUGCUGGAGGAAUAACCUGGAGGGGCUCCUUAAGGCCUUCUUGAAGGCAGGCUGGCCAAUUAGGGACCAUGUUGGCUCUCCAAUCACCCAUCACAUUCCUUCUCACCUGCCUGCUGUGUGUCAACCAGCUGCAGCAGGGCCACGCCGCGGACGCUUCAGAUACAGAUAAGCACAGAGGCAACCGUGAGGUCUUCACCCAAACACCUGCACCUGAGCCAGCAUCUGAACAAGACAACGGCCUCGGAUACAAAGGGUCUCGUCUCCGCCAGGAAGACUUCCCUCCCCGCAUUGUGGAGCACCCCUCUGACCUCAUUGUGUCCAAAGGGGAGCCAGCCACUCUCAACUGUAAGGCAGAGGGCCGUCCAACCCCCACGGUGGAAUGGUACAAAGAUGGCGAGCGCGUUGAGACGGACCGCGACAACCCCCGCUCCCACCGCAUGCUGCUGCCCAGCGGGUCCCUCUUCUUCCUACGCAUCGUCCACGGGCGACGGAGCAAGCCCGACGACGGCAGCUACGUGUGCGUGGCCCGAAACUAUCUGGGCCAGGCGAUCAGUCACAAUGCAUCCCUGGAAGUAGCCAAAAGAGGUGCUGACGAGGCGACACAGACGUACCACGGGGUGGGGGUAGUGGUGGUGGUGGUGGGGACUUCCCAAGGCUAUGGCAGAGAUAUAACAAAGAAGCGCAAAUACAGACAGCAUAAGAUGAGGCACCGGGAGCUGAAGGAGAGGAUGGAGCUGAGAGGUAAAGAAAAACCGAGAGACACUAAAGAGAGACUGGAGAUAAUUAAAAGGAUUUUCAAAGCGAUGUAG